AUGAAUGGACAAAUAAUUCAAAAAUCUGGGCUGGUCUUGCUCACCCUGCUGGUAGUCUCAGUCUAUACUGGGAACAUUCUGGUCUUCCCUAUGGAUGGCAGCCACUGGAUCAACAUGAAAAUCUUGAUCGAGGCUCUUCAUGACAAAGGUCACAUCAUUACAGUCAUACGAGCUUCGGAUAGCUGGUACAUUAAAGAAACAUCUCAGCUUUACACUUCCAUCACAUUAUCAAACAAAGGGAAUUUUAAUCAGGCAUUCAUUCACAAUGCUAUAAGGAGGCUCUUGGAAAUUAUGAGGGAAGGGUCCAUGUGGGCUCGUCUGAAAGUUGAGAAAGAGAUGUGGGACAAAUCAGUUGAAAUGGCUGAGAAUGAGAGAAAAUUGAUUAUUGGCAUGAUUGAAGACCAGGAACUAAUGCAUUCCUUGACAGAUGUCAAAUAUGACGUGUUUAUUACUGACCCUGUUUUUAUUACUGGCACCAUUUUAGGUCAUUAUCUCAAUCUACCACUCGUCUAUAAUGUUCGUUGGACAAUAUACGGUGAGGGCCAUUUUGUAAUUGCUCCCUCACCACUUUCUUAUGUACCAUUACCAAUGUUAGAGCUAUCAGACCACAUGAGCUUCUUUGAGAGAGUGGUAAAUGUUCUCAUGUACCUAGUAACUGAAUUACAGAUUAAAUAUUUUCUGAGUUCAUCAUACAAUGAAUUGUGUUAUCAACUAUUUGGUCCAGGUGUAGACUUUUUUGAAUUAGUUCAAGGAGCAGAUCUGUGGCUGUUCAGAGUGGAUUUCAUCUUUGAAUUUCCACGCCCUACGAUGCCAAAUGUUGUCUACAUCGGUGGUUUCCACUGUAAACCAUCCAAACCUCUUCCACAGCAUCUUGAGGACUUUGUGCAGAGCUCUGGUGAACAUGGCAUCAUUGUCAUGUCUCUGGGAACGAUGGUUGGUCAGCUUCCUCAAGAUGUAGCCAAUUCAAUAGCUGAGGCUUUUGCAGAGCUUCCACAAAAAGUUAUUUGGAAAUAUAAAGGGGAAAGACCUUCCACAGUGGGGAACAAUACAUUAAUAAUGGACUGGAUACCCCAAAAUGAUCUCCUUGGCCACUCUAAGACCAGGGCAUUUGUAGCUCAUGGUGGAACCAAUGGAAUUCAGGAAGCUAUCUAUCAUGGCGUUCCUAUAAUUGGUUUUGGACUCGUCUGGGAUCAGCCUGACAAUCUUGCAAAAAUGAGGGUGAAGGGAGUCGCAAAGAAUGUCAAUUUUGCAACUGUGGACAAAGACUCCUUCCUUUUAACUUUGAAAGAAGUGCUCCAUAACCCUUCAUACUGGGAAAAUAUGCAAAGACUCUCCAGACUGUACAGAGAUGUGCCAAUAAAACCUUUAGACAAUGCUGUCUUCUGGAUUGAGUACACAAUGAGGCAUGGUGGUGCAGCUCAUCUACGAACAGAAUCGUAUAAAAUGCCCUGGUAUUCGUACCACUCUGUAGAUGUUUUACUGUUCCUGCUGUGUGUUCUUUCAUUUGCUACCUUCACUACAUUUGCAAUCAUCAGACAUGUCUUCUAUAGGUUGUGUAACAAGAAAGAACACAAUUAA